AAAUUCCGCUCAUCAUAACCUCUUCCGUUCGAACAAUGGUACAACACUCUCAUAUUAGACAAUUACCAGUGAAAUUAAAGAAUUUUGUAUUUCCUUGUUGGCGAAUCACCGCAGUCAUUAGUCAAAUCCCGAUGAUGUUCGCCAUAUUCGCAGUUAUAAUCUCUCUCGCCCAGAACGUCAUGUCCCUCCCGGUUACUGAUGAUUUGACUAGGAGUACACGAGUGGCCCCUGAAGGCCCGGAAUUUUGGAUCAAACCGUGCGGAUUCACCGUGACCGGAAGUGAACCACCAGAACCUGAUUUCGUAUUGGCCGAAAAUUACGCACUCCAACUGGGGGUCGAUCUUAGCUACGUUAACAAUUGGAAAGAAAAUUUCUGUCAAGACAAAUUCAGAAUGAGUUUUGACGCCAAAGUUGCAGAAGAUGCUCCCUUUCGUUACGAUUGGCUUCAAGUGAGUACCACCAUCCCGAAAAAGCCCAGUGAAAGUUUGAGUGCAACUUACUAUUCUCAAGAGGAGUUUUCUGCUAUGCUGACAGAGUCAUCCAACAUUUUUCAACGCUUAGCUGUCGGAUGGGAACAGGUGGAUUAUGAAAAAACCGACGCUUCCUACAAAGACCUCUUUACAAGCACUAAAAACAGAAUGAAAAAUACGUUGUGCCAAUUGGAUUAUUACUUGGCUGAAAAACGAAUGUCUCCAGCACCCAAUCCGACCAGAGCCAUCAUGCCAACUGAACUACGCACGAUUACGAGUGCCUCUCAACGAGACGAGCGCAAUUUCCGUAUUUUGAAAGAAUACGUCAACGCUAUCGAGUAUUACGCCGAUGGUUUCAACUAUUUUAAAACGUCUUUAUCUUCCAAAAUGGAGUCUUCUCUUUAAUUGUUGUCAUAAUUUAUUUUUUACGUCAAAUGAUAUUUAUGCCUUUCGUUGUUAACGUUGAAGACCAAAGAAAUCUUUUGUGAAAAAUCUGACGAAAUGAUAGUAACUUAUGAGUUAUAAAACCAAUAACAUGUACUACUCCUUCCAUAUUUCAGUUCAAAUAUUUGUUUUAAUGUUACCUCGAUGUUUGUAUUUAAUUGUGUCUCAGUGUGAGAUGUGCGAGUUGUUGCCGUCAGCGUAUGGUUGUAGUAGAAUAUUUAAAAAAA